CAUUGGCCCCGCGGCCCGUCACUCACGGCACUUCCUCCUCAGUCCCGGCCGCCCGUAAAGUUUGGGGGCAAGAAAAAGAAAGAAGCGGCGGAGAAGAGCGAGAGGCGCCGGCCGGGUCCCCGUGCGCCCCCGGCCGUGCCAGCGCCCGUGCGCCCCGGCCGUGCGCCCCCAGCCGUGCCAGCGCCCGUGCGCCGCGCCCCUCGGGGAUGCGCUGCCCCCUUCGGAUGUGACAGCCAGACCCGGACGCCUGGGCUCGGGGUGCAGGGGCGGGGGAGUCUGUGCGUCUCUCCGGGGGGCUCCAUGGCCUCCCCACCCGCCUGCGCCGGCCCCCCGGCUCUCCCCUCUUCCCCCGGGACCUCGGGAGGCUGCCUGGUAGCCCCGGAGCCCGCGCCGCUGGCGCCUGGGUCCUGCGCCGCUUGCCAAGGGGUCUCCUUCCAUCUCCAGAUCGGGCUGACCCGGGAGUUUGUCCUGCUCCCCGCGGCCUCGGACCUAGCUCAUGUCAAGCAGCUGGCGUGCUCCAUAGUGGAUCAGAAGUUCCCAGAGUGCGGCUUCUACGGGCUCUAUGACAAGAUCCUGCUCUUCAAACAUGACCUGUCAUCCGCCAACAUCCUGCAGCUGGUGCGGGUGGCCGGAGACAUCCAGGAGGGGGAUUUGGUGGAGGUGGUGCUCUCAGCCUCGGCCACCUUUGAGGAUUUCCGGAUACGUCCGCACGCCCUGAACGUGCAUUCGUACCGCGCCCCGGCCUUCUGCGACCACUGCGGGGAAAUGCUCUUCGGCCUCGUGCGCCAGGGCCUCAAGUGUGACGGUUGUGGCCUGAACUACCACAAGCGCUGCGCCUUCAACAUCCCCAACAACUGCAGCGGGGCCCGCAAGCGCCGCCUCUCGGCCACCUCGCUGGCCACCUCGCAGUCCCUGCGUCUCGCCACCUCCGAGUCGCUGCCCUGCGCCUCCGACGAGCUGAGCCGGAGCUCCAUGGAGACCUUGCCCCGUCGGCUCACCAGCACCUCCUACAUCGGGCGCCCCAUCGAGCUGGACAAGCUGUUCCUGUCCAAGGUCAAGGUGCCCCACACCUUCCUCAUCCACUCGUACACCCGCCCCACCGUCUGCCAGUUCUGCAAGAAGCUGCUCAAGGGGCUCUUCCGCCAGGGCCUGCAGUGCAAAGACUGCAAGUUUAACUGCCACAAGCGCUGUGCCACCCGGGUGCCCAAUGACUGCCUGGGCGAGACGCUCUUCAACGGCGGGGACGUGCCCAUGGAAGACGCCAGCGAUCUGAGCGAUGCCGACAAGAACUCGCUGAUGGACGAAUCGGACGACUCGGGCAUCAUCCCCGGCUCCCACUCUGAGAAUGAGCUCUGCGGAGGGGACGACGCCAGCAAAUCCCAGGGCUCCAUGGGCUACAUCCCGCUGAUGCGGGUGGUGCAGUCGGUGAGGCACACGACCCGGAGGUCGAGCACGGCGCUGAAGGAAGGCUGGGUGGUUCACUGUAGCAGCAAAGACACCCUGAGGAAGCGUCAUUACUGGCGGCUGGACUGCAAGUGCAUCACGCUCUUCCAGAACAACACCUCCAGCCGCUAUUACAAGGUAAGCGCCCUUUGCCCUGGCCUGGGGCUUGGCCUCCGCGGGACCUGCCUGGUAUGGGAGUCACAGGGGAAGAGCAACCUGUCAGAGCCCACCUAUUGGUGGGAUGUGAAAGCCCCUUUUCCCUUCCCAGGGCAGGCAUCGCUCAGGAUCUCCGUGUCCAACAGCCAGAUCCAGGAGAACGUGGACAUAGCCACAGUUUACCAGAUCUUCCCAGACGAGGUUCUGGGCUCAGGGCAGUUUGGAGUUGUCUAUGGAGGGAAGCACCGUAAGUCGGGCCGGGACGUGGCAGUGAAGGUGAUCGACAAGCUGCGUUUCCCCACGAAGCAGGAAAGCCAGCUUCGCAACGAGGUGGCCAUCCUGCAGAGCCUCCGCCACGCAGGCAUAGUGAACCUGGAGUGCAUGUUCGAGACGCCCGAGAAGGUGUUUGUGGUGAUGGAGAAGCUGCACGGGGACAUGCUGGAGAUGAUCCUGUCCUCGGAGAAGGGCCGGCUGCCUGAGAGGCUCACCAAAUUCCUCAUCACCCAGAUCCUGGUGGCCCUGCGGCACCUGCACUUCAAGAACAUCGUCCACUGUGACCUGAAACCGGAGAACGUGCUUCUGGCCUCCGCCGAGCCCUUCCCCCAGGUGAAGCUGUGUGACUUCGGUUUUGCCCGCAUCAUCGGCGAGAAGUCGUUCCGGCGCUCGGUGGUGGGCACCCCGGCCUACCUGGCCCCCGAGGUGCUGCUAAACCAGGGCUACAACCGAUCGCUGGACAUGUGGUCCGUGGGCGUCAUCAUGUAUGUCAGCCUGAGCGGCACCUUCCCCUUCAACGAGGACGAGGACAUCAACGACCAGAUCCAGAACGCCGCCUUCAUGUACCCGCCCCAUCCCUGGCGCCAGAUUUCGGCCGGAGCCAUCGACCUGAUCAAUAACCUGCUCCAGGUGAAGAUGAGGAAGCGCUACAGUGUGGACAAGUCCCUGAGUCACCCCUGGCUCCAGGAUUACCAGACGUGGCUGGACCUACGGGAGCUAGAGACCAAGAUGGCCGAGCGUUACAUCACCCACGAGAGCGACGACGCCCGGUGGGAGCAGUUCGCCGCCGACCACACCCUGCCCUACCCCGCCCACCUGCGGGCCCCCCGGGGGCCGCCCCCCGAGGAGGAAGAGGAGGAGGGGGAGGGGGAGCUGCAGGGGCUGACAGAGAGGGUCAGCAUUCUGUGAACCUGGCCCCCCACCCCGUGGCAGAGAGAAGACCCCUCCCCCAGCUCUGGUGGAGGGGGCGGGACAAGACGGACCCCUGGGGAUGGGGUGAAGGACACCCCUGCCCCCGCUUUGUGCUGUGGGGACGUGGCUCUCCCUGCUGGCGCCAGAGCAGACAGGACGGCUCCCUUUUCCUGACUGGUGCACCCCCGCCUGCCUACCUGCACGCCCGUCCCUGCCCAUGGGGGCCACUCUCAGGAGCCCCGAGCAGGCGCCCCUAGGGCUGAGGAGAGGCAGGUGGGGGCCCGGGGAUGGGCUGGGGACCCAGGACAUGGCGAGGGCCCUAGGCAGGGCGUGACGCCUGGCACAGCUGCUGAGGUCGCUUGGCGCCCGUCUGGACGGCCCUUGGAUCCCAUGGCGCCCCGGCCAGUGCAUGAAUGGAAUAGAAGAGGACGGGGUGAGAGGCCCGGGGCCUCAGGGAGGGGGCCUGGCAGGUGAGCCCAGGCUCCCGGGGAAGUGGGUGAGGGCCUGGCGCUGUGAUCGGGGGCUGAGGGCAUGAGGGGGGGUGGAGUCCCAGGCACAUGUCAGGGGCCUGGGGGUGGCUGAGGGGUCCCAGCGAUGUAGUUAGGGGAGUGGAGGGAGGGUGCAGGAUGUACUAGGCUUCUGUGGUUAUGAAGGGGAGUCCCAAGGGCAUGGGGUUGGUGUUAGGGGCCUAAGCUAUGAGUGAAGGUUUUUGAGGGCAUGGGGCCCCUCCCUGCACCCACUCUCCCUGGUCCUUGCUGGGGGCAAAAGGGGGUCUCCAUUUUGGGGAGCACAGAGGGAGCUGAGCCCUCCCCCUCCUGUCUUCAGCGGGGUAGAGGGGAGAAGUGUCCCCCCGCACCCCAACCCCUGCUGGCUCCCAGCCGUCUUGGCCAGACCGAAGCCGCCCUAGGCCGAGCCCUGCUGGAUCUUGACGCCCUGCUCCACAUGUGGCCUGCGUGGCCAUGUGCCUCCUGGCCCGUGCACACGCGUGUUCACGGCCGGGCCUGGGGACGGGCGAGUAACUGACGAGGGCGAUGGAGCUGGGGCUGAUCUACGCCGCCCUGCGGUGGAUGCUCGUACGGGGACGUGUGUGUAUAAAUAAAUAGUGAACAGAA